AUGUUUUUGAGUUCAACUCCAUUCAAUCCUAGACCCUUAAUUCGUGUAAGCAUAAGGGAUGAUUUAAGUUUCGAAAAAAAUGUUGAUCUAUUUGUUGAGAAACAACUUGAAAAGUAUAAAAAACCAGAACAAUGUUGGGUAAGACCUGGUUUUCAAUAUUACGGUAAUUUAUUGUGUGGAAGAAGGAUAAAUUUGGAAGUUAUACCAAAUUUAAGAGAUAUCUCACUUUUUACUAAAAUGCCAAAUUUUAGACAGCAUAUACUUUAUAGAGGAGGUAGGCCUGGUAGCACUGAACCUGAUAAAUUGAAACAUUCUAUUCGUGAUGUAUUGGGUAUAAGGAGUAUUAUUGACUUAAGAGGUGAAACAAUAUUUGAUGAUGAAACAUUAACAAGUAAUGAAACAUUUAGUCGGACUAUAAUUUGGAAAAUGUAUACACCAAUAUAUAAUCAAUCAGAUAUUGAAGAAUAUAUUAAAUUUCAUGAAAAAAGAAUGAAUUUUGAAUAUUCAAAUAUUGAAGAAAAUAAUUUUUCUAAAAAAAAUAAAUUAGAUAUGAAAUCUCACGAAGAAUUAUCAUAUGAGGAUAAAUCAAGAUAUAUUAUUGUAGUUAGUAUUAAAGAUUGGAAAUAUCCUUUUAAUCUGAAAUCAUGUAGAAUUAAUGAAGAUUCUAAAAGUAUAAAUUAUAUUCAUAAAAAAUCUAAAAUUUGGCACUAUUUUAAUUGUUUUUACCGUAACAAAUUAGCUAAUGGAUCAAAUUCUAAUGAAAAUAAAUUUAGUAUUCUUAAUCCUGUAAAUUCUCUUGAUACAUCUGAAAGUUGUUAUGAAUUUAUAUCUUUAUUGGCCUAUAAUUUCUUAAAUUUAUUUUCAUCCAAAAUGGCACAUUCAUGGUAUAUAAAUCAAUACAUAUCUAAACGAUCAGUGGAUGAAAUUUAUUUUUCUUUACUCAUUAGUGCUGCAAACUCUAUUUCAACUAUUCUCAAAUUAAUAGUAGUAUCUCAUCCUCCAAUCCUUCUACAUGGAAGUCUUGGAAAGGAUAGGGUUGGAAUUAUAGUGGCUAUUAUAUUAGGUACCUUAGGUAUAUCUGAUGAAUGCAUUAUUAAAGAUUAUUGUGCAUCAGAAGCAGGCCUUUUAGAUCUUAGAGAUAUAAUAAAUAAGCAACUUGUAUGUGAAAACUUACCAUUAUAUUUAGGGAAAUCUAAAUCAAGAUAUAUUUCAGGUUUAUUGUUCAAGGUAAGGCAAGAAUUUGGGUCUAUUGAAGGCUACUUAGACUAUAUAAAUUUUUCAAGUGAAUGGAGAGUUAAACUUAUUGAUAAGUUUCUUAAAGAUUAA